AAGUGAUGGCAAACCACGCUUCUCAUUUUUUUUUUUCGUGCUAUCUUUUUGGUUUUCUUCACCAAUGGCAAAAUCUUCCCCCUUUGCUGCAAACUCUCUCUCCAUUCCUUCAAUGCUGCUCCUUGCCCUGCUGAUGCUCACAAGCCUGCACAGGACAGUUGCCCAGACAGGAGUUUGCUAUGGGAUGCUUGGCAACAAUCUCCCAUCGGCGCAAGAAGUUGUGGCACUUUACAAGCAGAAAAACGUCCCAACCAUGCGAAUCUACGACCCGAAUCCACAAGCUCUUCAGGCCCUCGGAGGUUCCAACAUCGAGCUCAUGCUAGGCCUCCCGAACUCCGACCUCCGAAGCAUCGCCUCGAGCCAGGCCAAUGCCAACACAUGGGUCCAGAACAACAUCAAGAGCCACGGCAACAUCCGGUUCAAGUACGUCGCGGUGGGCAACGAGGUGCAGCCCUCCGACCCGUCCGCACAGUUCCUCGUCCCUGCCAUGCGCAACGUCCGGACCGCUAUCGUCAAUGCGGGCCUCGGGAAUCAGAUCAAGGUCUCCACCGCGGUGGACACAGGCGUGCUCGGUGAGUCCUACCCGCCCUCGAAAGGCACGUUCAAGUCCGACCACAUGCCUCUCCUCAGCCCCAUCAUCGGUUUCUUGGUCGAGACCCAAGCCCCCUUGCUGCUGAACUUGUAUCCUUACAUCAGCUACGUCGGCAACCCUCGAGACAUUAGAUUGGACUACGCGCUGUUCACGGCUCCCUCAGUGGUGGUCACGGACGGGGCAUUGGGUUACAAGAACCUCUUCGACGCGAUACUGGACGCAGUCUACUCUGCGCUCGAGAAGGCCAACGGCGGCUCGCUGGGGAUCGUCGUGUCGGAGACUGGGUGGCCUUCUGCGGGAGGAGGUGCGGCAACGUCGCUCGACAACGCGAGGACUUACAACACCAAUUUGGCCAACCACGUCAAGGGAGGGACUCCGAAGAGGCCCCGCGGGCCUAUCGAGACGUACGUGUUCGCCAUGUUCGACGAGAAUCAGAAGACCCCUGAGUAUGAGAAGCACUGGGGGCUUUUCCUUCCGAACAAGCAACCUAAGUACCCUAUCAAUCUUAAUUAGGAGAGCGUCUUGGUACGUGCUAUUGUGAUGCCGUGGGAGUGCAACGAGAGCAUGUGAUUGCCCCAU